UAAAGGUUGAUUGACAAUUUGAAGACAGUAACCUUGUCUUGAAUGCUUCAUAAUGAUAACUUUAACAGAAAAGAUCUACCAUAUUUUGUCAUUAUUGCAGAUUUAGUUUAAAAUUCUGUGUAUGAAUAUUUCUAAUAGAGAACUAUAACUUGCCAAAGCUUAAUAUGACUUUAAUUAUGCUUAAGAUAGUUUAAUGAUUAAAAAAACAGAACUAAUAUGUUUGCUGUAGGAUAAUUUAAGAUAACAAAUGCAGCACUGUUCUGUUUAGCUUGUUGAAUAUUUUCUUUGUACUGCUGAUUCACCUUUUUUGUUUUCAAUAAAAAUGUUAAUGCAGUUUGAUAUUAGUUGUACUGCUUUCUACUCUCCUAGUCACAUAGCCAUUCCCGGUAAUCUGAUGGCAUUUUUUGCCUUCAUCAAAUGAUUCAAGAUAGAUAUUGGGUCUAUUUUAAUGAUCUAAACAGUGGUAGAUCUCAAUAUCUCUUUAAUACGUUCUUUAACUCUGUAUUAUUCCAGAUAGUGUUUUCUCCCAGGGUUAACCAAUUAACAUUUGCUACAUUCAAUAGAAUACAAUUAAAUAAGGUUUGAAAAUUAAAAAUUGGGUUUAUACAUUUUGGGGUGGCAAUGUUAAGAUUUGCCGCUGUUGAUAUCAUUUUAAAUAGACCCCAUUGAGUAAUAGAGGUGUUCUGAUAUACCUAGUGUUGAAGAAGAAAAACUCCUACAUGCUUUCAACUGUCCUUUCUACUCCUGUUCUAGUUUUCUUCCACUAAAUUACCUUUCUCUUGUUGCUCACUUUCAGUCCAUGCACUAUAGAUCAUGACUCGAAUGAUUUAGAAUUAGUGGAGCCCCCUGUCACUAUGCCCAGACUUGAUGCCGCUGCUGGUCGCAGAAUCAUAAAGUGUGAAAGAAGCUCUUUUCUAAGCCCUCUCAACCAGCAAGAUGGUAAAGCUGCCCAAGAGGGCUUGCUUCCAGAUCUGGAAAAUGACAUGUUCACCUGCAGGACAGGCUCCUUACACAGCAACGUGGACCUGACGCGUUACGAAACCGAAGGCAGGCAAAGCGCUGAGCUCCCACCACAGCCUGAUAUCAAGAUUGUCACUCAGCACAGAUAUUACCAGAUAUUGAGAGAGAUGAUGUGGUCUUCCGUAAAGUCAACUUCAACUCUCAGAAAAUGGUCCACUCCCCAUCGGGAGCACCUGACGUGUACCACCCUGUCCCAAUUCCAGGACCCUGCCUGCCAAUCUCCAGUCAAAACUGCUUUGCCAACCAAAUCCACCCAUGCCUGAAAUGGACAACAUGUCUGCUCGAAAGCUGGGAAAAGUACCCCCUCCACAGGCUGUGCUGCCAAGUCCUUUCGUUCUCACUUCUUGUAGCAAACAGGACCUGAAGAAAUGGGAAGCAAUCCGGGAAGGCAGUAGACUGAGAUACAAGAAAAGGAAGAUGGUUGAGAGACUGCUGCAAAGGUGUUCUAGUGCUGAUGGGAGUAAAUCUAUGAGCGAUGUAAGUGAAGAAGCAGUUGCAAACCGCCAGAUUCGAUUUGAAGAAUUACAAAAAAUCAAAUCUCAGUUACAAGAGCAGGACCAGCAGUGGCAGAAUGAUCUGACAAAGUGGAAAAAUCGUCGUAAAAGCUUCACUUCUGACCUUGUAAAGAAGAAAGAAGAGAGAGAGCAGAUAGACCAGACAGUCGGGAGAAGAGUAAAGACCUUUAAAGAAAUGCAAGAGGAAAGGCAGGACAGAGAGCAGGGGAUCCAGAACACCGAGCCACGUGCAACAAGCAACAGGAGCUUGUAUGCCUCCAAUGAAGACAUGUUUACUGAUGAAAAGCCCAUGUCGAAAACCCUGCGUGAAAGAAGUUACACGGUCGAAGUGGACACUCCGUACAGUUCUCAGAACAGUGAGGUGACCCGUUCUGCCCCUGUUUAUCAUCCACAAAAGGACGACACUACCAUCACUGCCACCACCUCCACAAGCAAGGCAACCCAGUCCAACAGCAGUGUCAGUAAGGCAGCUGGAUCCCAGCGCACAUCUCAAAGCCCGUCACAAGAACAGAGCUCUGUUUCUUUGUAUGCACACAAUUCAAUGGAUACCAAACCGGGGGUAGCUCGGGUUUCAGCUUCUCUCCCCAGAAGCUACCAGAGACCCGAUAGUACUCGACUGACCUCCAUCGUUGCACCGAGACCUUUCGGGACCCAAUCGAACAGAGUUUCUUCUCUUCCCAGAGUUGUUUCAAUGGAUAGUGCACAUAGCCAGUACAAUGGGGACCUGGAAAGCGCUUCCCAGAAGACUUAUAGCACCAGCAGAUACAGCCAGGUCAUGAAGAUGGAAGAUGAUGACCACUCCCAGUCAAGCUCUGUGCUGAGCAGCACCGAGGAGGAGAGGACUCCAUCUUCUGCACAGCCUCGAGACGAGCUGACAAGCAGCCAUGUCAUUGAAUCAAAUCCUGAUCAUCCCUCCAACUCUGCAAAAAACCACUAUGUCACAAGCACAAGCACAAGCACAACAAAGUUGCCAGAAGCCAAGGUCACCACACAGGAGCAGUACAGCGAUAUGAGAAUCAGUCUGAACCAGAAAUCAAACAGCGGUCGGGACUUUGGCUUCACUCCCACCUGGGGCAGCUUUGGUGUCUUUGUGAAGUCCAUUGAGCCAGGCAGCCCAUCUGAACUCUGCCAGGUGCAGGUAGAUGAUGAAAUCCUCGCAGUCAAUGGCCUAAAAGUGUCUGACAUGGACUACAGUCAGUGGAAAGAAAGCAUGGACACAUCCGUGAAACGUGGAACCGUUGUGAUGGACAUCCGUAGAUAUGGCAAGAAUAACUGGGGCAGAGACCUACCUUCCCUACAAUAUAAAAGCCAUAAAACCAUCAAUAUGACCAGUAUGGAUACAACACUUGUAGGUUCAUCUGAAAAAGCAAUCCACGCCAGCUCCAGAGAUUAUACUGCUUAUGAAUCUUCAGAGAAGACCAUGAAACCUGACGUCAACAGACAGCCUGUAAAUGAUGUUGGAUUUAAAGGAAUGAAUGGAGGAUUCCGUGAAGAAUCCGUGACAAUGAGACAUAAAGAAUCUGAGCCAAUUUCUUUGAAAAACUUACAAAGGCGAUCACAGUUUUUUGAACAAGGAGGCUCUGAGUCUGCCAUAUCUGAUUUGCAGGUCCCUUCCAUCAGCACAUCAUCUAGACGCUGGGCCUGGGACCCAGAGGAAGAGAGAAAACGACAGGAGAAGUGGCAGAAGGAACAGGACCGUUUGCUACAGGAGAAGUACAAACAAGAGCAAGAUAAACUAAAUGAAGAGUGGAUGCGGGCACAGCAAGAAGCUGAAAAAGAAGGCUCCAAGUACUAUGAAGAGGAGUGCAAGAUACUGAAAGUGAAUACCCCCAUAUCUUCCUCAAGACAGGGAGGCACCUCUUGGGAUGACCAAAGAGAAGAGGAGGCCUUGAGACAGGAGGAAGAAGAGGUGCAGCACCUCCAGCAGCAAGAGAGUGCAAGACAAGAGCAUGAGGAAGAGGAGCAGGAGAGGAGGAGACGCCAAGAGGAAGAGCAGCACCAGCAGUGUUUGGAGGAGGAGGAAGAGAGGAGACGUGAGGAAGCAGAGUCGCACCGGCAGCAAGCGGAGCUGCAGAGACAGAGGGAUGAAGAACAGAGGCGCCAGGAGCGGGAGAGGAGGCAGAAAGAGCAGGAGCAAAUACGCAGGGAGGAGCUCAGACGAAAGCAAGAGGAGGAGAAGGAAGAGAGGAAGCAGCAAGCGGCAGCAGCAGCUGAGAAACAUCGGCGAGAGAUGGAGAGAGCUAGGCAGGAACAGCAGCAGCAGCAGUGGCCUGGUGAAUCCUAUGAAUUUUCUCAAAUCCUUCCUGAUACAUCAGAGUUUGCUAUUACGGAGAGGGCCAAAUCGAAAUCCACUUCAGAGCUUGAUGUACAUACUGAUACCCAGGGUAUAUAUGGCAGACCUGGUGGCAUGGCCCAGUUGCUGCUGGAAGAGGAAGUAAAGCGAAGGCAAAGUGCAAAGGUCCAAAGGAUGGUGGCAGCAUCAGAACUGGAAACUGAGAGACAGCAAAUACUUUAUCAGAUGAAAUAUGCUGACCCUGAGAGAGCCAACAACAAGUGUGCAGACGGCUCCUGGAGCAGAGGAGACUCACAGACGAAGGAUCAGUCUGUUUCUUAUGCAGAGCAGGAAAGACAAAGGAUCCUUGAUGAGAUGAAAAAGAAGACCCAGCUUUUGACUGACAACAGCUGGAUAAGACAGCGCAGCGCCAGUGUUAACAGAGAACCUGCCAGUCUGCCUGGAACAAUGAGGAGAGGAGAGUCUCUCGACAACCUUGAUUCUCCUCGAUCAAACUCCUUGAAGCAGCCUCCAUGGGUAACCAAUUAUACUGCCUCCUCCACCUCCUCGGUGCAGGACUCCAGUCGAUAUCCUCCUGUGGUGCCUCCCUCCAACCGGUCCUUCAUACGCACGCCUUCCACCACCUUACCUGCCUCCUUAUCCAGUGGCUCAAUGAAGACUGGGUACUGGGGGCAGACCUCGUCCGUGUCUCCAACUUCUCCACCUCCAUCUGAGUCUAUCUCAAACACUCCACGCACCCCUUCACAACGCAGCAGGUCAAUCCGUGGGAAGAAGAUCUGUACAUACUGUGAUACACCUUUGGGCAAAGGAACUGCUAUGAUCAUAGAGUCUCUGGGUCUGUUUUAUCAUUUGAAUUGUUUUAAGUGUAUCGCAUGUCACUCCGAACUUGGGGGCUCAGAAUCUGGAGCUGAAGUCAGGAUUCGAAACCAUCAGCUCCACUGCAACAGCUGCUAUGUCAAGUUUAAAACUGGACAGCCCACUAACAUGUGACACGACUUUGAAGACAAGUGAUUCACUGGGUCAGAUUGAGGAAGAAAUCUCCUAUAACAACACAGAUCUAUGAAAAAGGAUUGCUGAAAAUAGAUUAUAAUGGUUUCCAGAAAACAUCUUGAUGUAUAAUUCUGUAUUGUAAUGUUUAUUGCGAGAGGGUGAGCUUAAUUGGGUGAUGUGUUUAUACCAAAAUAGCUUUCAUUGCAUUGGGCUUGUACAGAGUAUAAGAGGCACGCAUAUAUAUGAUAGAACUUCUAUUAGAAAUUAUUUAUAAGAAAUGCAUUUAUCAAGGUGUUGAAUCAUUCUGGCUAGUUACAGGUAGAUUUCAGAGCAAUGUUCUUUAAUAGCUUAUAUAAAUAGAUUUGCAACUUGCUAUUUUAUUGCUUAAGUUUUCAGUGAGAUCACCUUGCAAUGAUAUCAGAUAUUUGGUUGCUAUCUGAAAUAUUUCCUAUGGUGUAUCAAAAAUGUGCCUUUUGAAUUCAUUUUUCUUUUUUUCAGUAAAGCUGAACGUUUAGAAUAUGCAAUGACAUACAUUAAGGGUUUAAAGUACUGGCAUGAAUGGGUAGAAAGUAAAUGUGAGAAUUGUUCUGUUUUUUCAUUGAGGAAAUUAAUUUGAUAUAUUUUGCAAAAAUAGAUUUUGCCAGUUCUAAAAAAAAAAAAAGACAAGACUAUUCUCAACAUAACUGGAUUCUAAGCACAUUGUUCUGUCUUCAAUGAUGUUUGUAAAUAAAAUGACCAAAUCUGCAAAUAUAUCCCGUCUCAACUUGA